AAAGAAUUCUUUCAUCUCUAUAUAUAUUCAAGCCUGCAAGCACUAAGCACAACAAAAACCAUUCACUUCCCUAGCAUUUGAAGUUCAAAAGCUUGCAUCUUACAUAGUCCUUUUUUUCAUAACACUUUUGUCCUGAGUCUCAACACAUACAACAAUGGGAUUCCGCUUACCUGGUAUCAGAAAGACAUCAUUUGCUACAAACCAAGCAUCUUCCAAGGAUGUGGCAAAGGGCCACCUCGCAGUCUAUGUUGGAGAGAAAAUGAAGCGGUUUGUGAUCCCUGUAUCACUUUUGAACCAACCUUCGUUUCAAGACUUGUUGAGUCAAGCAGUGGAAGAAUUUGGGUAUGAUCACCCGAUGGGUGGUCUCACGAUUCCUUGUGGAGAACACGAGUUCUUGGAUAUCACUUCUCGCUUGAUGAGGUGCUAAUCCAUGAAGACGAGACUGAUUUUAAUGUAUAGACACAAUUUUUUGUAGCAUAUUUUCUUAUCUAUUCUGUCCAUUUUUGUUAUCUUUGUCGGGACAGUAUAAAAAUUUAUGAGAAAUUUCCUA